UUCCCUUUCCAUUUUAAUUUUUUUUUUUUUUUUAGUACACGCCCCAAGAACAUUCCGCCUCAAAACAACAUUUUUCUUCUACUGUUUGCUGCUGCCGCCAUUGGAUUGAUUACUCUCUUUACUCAAGUAUAUUUCAUCCUACUUCUCCAAAAACAAGACUCCAUCUUCAAUGGCCAAAAGACGAAAGCUGCAGCACCCAAAAGCGCCGCAGCGGCCUGCUGCCCGGCCGCAGCAAAAAGACCACGGCCCGUCAAAGAAGAAGCCCCUCCAACCCGCAAAGAAGCAACAACACCGCCAGCAGCAGCACGACGAGCCCGUGAUCCCCUUCAGCCCCAACGACCGCAUCCUGCUGGUGGGCGAGGCUGAUCUGAGCUUUGCCGCCUCCAUCAUCCAGCACCACCGCUGCACAAACGUCACCGCAACCGUCCUCGAAAAGGACCACGCCGAGCUGGUCGAAAAGUACCCCGCCGUGGAUACCAACAUUGCCGUGGUCAACCGCCGCCCGGACGCCGAUGCUCCUCCCACGAGCCCCAGCCACGGCGCCGAGUCUGCCGCCGGCAAGGACGGUCAAUCGGACGUAGACGAGGCCGCCGAGGACAGCUCUGCAAACUACGAUUCUGAAGACGACUCACAGGCAGAGAAGCCGAGGCCCGUUGCCGUCAACAACAAGCUCGUCUACAACGUCGACGCCACAAAGUUCCCGUCCUCCAUCGCCCGCACCCCCCACGACCGCAUCAUCUUCAACUUCCCCCACGUCGGCGGCAAAUCCACAGACGUUAACCGCCAAGUCCGCUACAACCAAGAGCUCCUCGUCUCCUUCUUCCAGCGCGCCCUCGCCUCGCCCGCCGCGCCCCUCGCCCGCGGCGGCUCCAUCAUCGUCACCCUCUUCGAGAGUGAGCCCUACACCCUCUGGAACAUCCGCGACCUCGGCCGCCACGCGGGGCUCCAGCUCGAGCGCAGCUUUCGCUUCCAGGCGGCGGCUUAUCCGGGCUACCACCACGCGAGGACGUUUGGCGUCGUGAGGAACAAGAAGGGAGAGGAGAGCUCGGGCUGGAAGGGCGAAGAUCGACCGGCCAGGAGCUAUGUGUUUAUGAGGAAGGAGGAGAUGCAAGAUCAGACGAAUAAGAAGAAGAGGAAGCGAGGCGGUGACGAUUCUUCGAGCGACGAGGAUGACGACUAACUAACUAAUGCCAAGAAGGCCCCCCCGUCUUGGCACUGUAUAUAUUUGAUGGGCUAUAACACAUGCAUACGUACAUAUGUACAAUUUCAAGUGGAGACUUUUUAGACGAUAUCCAUGGCAACCUGGGCAAU